AAAAACCUCUCUGCUUUAACUGCAGGGCCACCCGACAGCCAGAAACAAGCCAUGUCUAUUCUCAAGGUCCACGCCCGAGAGAUCUUUGACUCCCGUGGGAACCCCACUGUUGAAGUUGACCUCUACACCUCAAAAGGUCUCUUCCGAGCUGCUGUGCCCAGCGGUGCCUCCACGGGCAUCUACGAAGCCCUAGAACUCCGUGACAAUGACAAGAUGCGCUACAUGGGGAAGGGUGUCUCAAAGGCUGUUGAGCACAUCAAUAAAACUAUCGCACCUGCUCUGGUUAGCAAGAAAUUGAAUGUUGUGGAGCAAGAGAAGAUUGACAAGCUGAUGAUUGAGAUGGACGGCACUGAGAAUAAAUCUAAAUUUGGUGCAAAUGCCAUCCUGGGUGUGUCCCUGGCUGUCUGCAAAGCUGGUGCUGCAGAAAAGGGGGUUCCCCUGUACUGUCACAUCGCUGACUUGGCUGGCAACCCUGAAGUCAUCCUUCCCGUCCCCGCUUUCAAUGUGAUCAAUGGUGGUUCCCACGCUGGCAACAAGCUGGCCAUGCAGGAGUUCAGGAUCCUUCCUGUGGGGGCGUCCAGUUUCCAGGAAGCCAUGCGCAUUGGGGCAGAGGUUUACCACAACCUGAAGAAUGUCAUCAAGGAGAAAUACGGGAAGGAUGCCACCAAUGUGGGUGAUGAGGGUGGAUUCGCUCCCAACAUCUUGGAGAACAAAGAAGCUCUGGAGCUGCUGAAGAACGCAAUUGGGAAGACCGGCUACACAGACCAGGUUGUCAUUGGCAUGGACGUGGCUGCAUCUGAGUUCUUCAGGUCGGGUAAGUAUGACCUGGACUUCAAGUCUCCUGAUGACUCCAGCAGGUACAUCACACCCGACCAGCUGGCUGACCUGUAUAAGUCCUUCAUCCAGGAUUAUCCAGUUGUGUCCAUCGAGGACCCCUUUGACCAGGACGACUGGGAGGCCUGGCAGAAGUUCACAGCCAGCGCCGGCAUCCAGGUGGUUGGGGAUGACCUCACAGUCACCAACCCUAAGAGGAUUGCCAAGGCCGUCAGUGAGAAGUCCUGCAACUGCCUCUUGCUCAAAGUCAACCAGAUUGGCUCUGUGACCGAGUUUCUGUAGGCGUGUAAGCUGGCCCAGUCCAAUGGCUGGGGCGUCAUGGUGUCCCAUCGCUCUGGGGAGACUGAGGAUACCUUCAUCGCAGACCUGGUGGUGGGGCUCUGCACUGGGCAGAUCAAGACUGGUGCCCCUUGCCGAUCUGAGCGUCUGGCCAAGUACAAUCAGAUCCUCAGAAUCGAGGAAGAGCUGGGCAGCAAGGCCAAGUUUGCUGGCAGAUCCUUCAGGAACCCCCUGGCCAAGUAAAGGGGGUAGAGAUCCCUGGAAACACCUGAUUAGACCCUGUUCCCGAUGUCGUCAUGGCGGCUCAAGGCCCACCCAGUGCUUGUCCCUCCCAUGCCACCGCUUCCUUAGACACAUGGAGCCCUGCUGGAGACCCCAGCUGUGUAACUAUGUGAUUGGCUGAGUUGUUUCUGUCAUCUCACUUGUAAGCUAGCUC